AUAGUGACUUUUUGGGGGCGCAUUUUUCGCAGCCUAUAGACGACGUUGUUACCUCGACGACAAUUUUCCUCCCAAAAGUCUUGACGUCUCCGAUUGAAUUCGUACCUGGCGUUGCCUGUCUUUUGGCCUUUGCAAGCAAUCAGCGGUCGCGUGGGGUUGGAUCGAACCGUCGCAGGAGAUGGGUUUGUCCUCGCUCGCGAAGCUCGUGCUCGCCACUUCGGCGGCAUUGGGCCUGCAUCUCAUGUACCUCGUGUAUCGGCGCAGGAAAUUCUUCAGGAACCUUCCUUGCCCGCCGCAUUCCUGGAUACUGGGCCAUCUGGGCAUCAUGGGUGAGAUGUCCAGCAAGCUGCCGCCGAACUGCCAUCCGCAGCUGCUCUUGACCGAGAUCCAGCGGACGUACGACCUGCCUCCGGUCUUCUACAUGGACCUGUGGCCGGCGGCAGAUCCGAUGGUCCUGCUUACGGAGGUGGAAGACAUGAACUACGUCCAGGUCUUGAAGCCGCUUCAGCAGCACCCAUCCAGCAAUGACUUUUUGGCUCCCAUGGUAGGCAGAGAUGUGGUUGCCGUGGUCAACGGCCCAACGUGGAAAAUGCUAAGAAACGCUAUGAAUCCGUCCUUUGCGCCAGGCCAUGUGAAGAACCUCAGCGGGAUCAUCAUCGAGGAGUGUCUCACCUUCCGCUCCACGCUGUCGAAAUUGGCGCGGGCUGGCCGGCCCUUCGACAUGGAAGUCAAAGGCGCCGAGCUCAUCUUCGACAUCAUCGCCCGCAUCGUGUUCAACUUCCCGCUCGCGGCCCAGAAGCGAGGGUCCCAAACACUUUCGGACCUUCGCGAGCUCGUCCACCUCGUCGAGGCCGGGUUCUCCAUGAAUCCGCUAGACAGGCUGCGGGCCUGGUGGAGACGCGGUGCCGUCACGCAGCGUCUGAAUAGCGAGGUCAAGGCCAAGAUCCUGGAAAGGUACCAGAUGCUGCGGGAGCAAAAGGUCGUGCCGUCGAGGAAGGACCCGUACAGCACGUUGGAUCUCAUGCUGCGCGAGCAGCUGAUGCGCGAGGAGGAACUGAAGGACCUGGACCUGGAGUUUGACAGACUGUUGCUGAGCAACAUCAAGGGCUUGCUACUCGGCGGACAUGGAACUACAAACGAUACGUUAUGUUACUGCUACAUGCUACUCUCAAAGAACCCGGCCGUGAUGGCGAAACUGCGUGAGGAGCACACUCGCGUCUUCGCAGCCGACUUCGACCAGACGGUCCAAAUGUUGCAAGCGGACCCUUACAAACUCAACGAGCUGGAAUACACCACAGCCGUGAUCAAAGAGACCCUUCGGCUCUUCCCCGUCGGCUUUGGAGUACGUGCGGCGCCGCCAGGCGCAACCAUCACAUCUCGGGGACGCCCCUUGCCCAUCGACAAUGGCCUGGCCAUCGUGCCCCUCUGGCACCACAUGCACUACAGCGAAGCGUACUUCGCGGAUCCGGCGUCGUUCUCUCCCGAGCGAUUUAUGGAUGCCGACACCGUUGGCCGCGCGACCUUUCGCUCGUUCAGCAGGGGCCCCAGGGGCUGCGCAGGCCAGGAGCUGGCGAUCGACGAGCUGCGUAUCAUCUUGCUGAUGACAGUCCGGGACUUUGACUUCGAAUACCAUCACAUGAAGCCAAACGAGAGGCCGAGGGUCAAAUAUACGCAACUGGACACAGUCUUUGGGGACGUGGUGUUCCAGGAAUUGGGGUUGGAGGCCAAGCCACGAGGGGGUAUGGUGUUGAAGGUGCAUGAACUGAAGGGGGGUACAAGCAUGAAGAAGUAGACGACUACAUGUAUCCGUG